AUGCUGAUCGCUGGCUCAGCCUCCAAGCGCUUCGAGAAGGUCUUCAUCUCGUACUUCUCGCUGCUGUGUCGCGAGAUGUUCCUGCGCAGCUUCUUCACGCGCAUCUUCGUGCUGGAAGAGCUGCUGAAACACAUCCGAGAGCUCAUUUUCCGCGCUAAAGAAGACCCCCACCACCUCGUCACGAUCCGCGCGAAGCUCAACGAGGCAACCAACGACCUCAUUCUCUUCACUGACACUUUAGGUUAUCUGCUGGAAUCGCUGGAGUUCGUGAAAAUCCCGCAAAAAUCGCCCAACGCGACCGAAGAGGAGGAGUCCAUCUUCAGCUACCUCGACCUGAAGAAGCAGCACCACGACAUUCUCCUCCGCGCGCGCGACUUGGAGAAGCUCGUGCACGGCGCCAAGUACGAGAUCGUCAACUUGCGGCAGAUGGCCGAAGUGCUCAACACGUCCGAGCUCGAGGACAUCUUCAAGACGGUCGAGGGCAACACCAAGGUGCUUGCCGACUCGUCGCUGACUGUGGAGCAGUGCGGCUCGUCGCUCGAACUGGUGCAAGUGCUUCUCGCUGGCAGCUUCGCCUUCACGCUGCUAGACCGGAUCCCCGGUGGCACCUUGAACGCCGAGAUGCCCGAGUGGGUGGAGGCAGCGUUCGCCAAGACGAUCAUCGACAUCCCCCUGCUGUUCUUCGUGUUGAAUAUCAUCUGGAUGGCUGGAUGCAUCUACGCGCUGAUCCGGUACAAGAAGAAGCGCAGCCAUGAGGUCGAGUACGGACGCCGAACACUGCGGAUCAGAGUGAACAAGGCCAUCGACAUCGACAACUUCGAGGUGUUCCUGGGCACGCGCGUGCUGGACAAGCAGGAGAGCGUGUCCCAGCUAGCGUCGGAGGUUCGACGCGUCGUGUGGAAGGACCUGGGGCUCCAGGCGUGCGACGACGAGCGCGCGCACCCGCGCCGAAGCGUGGCGUACGCUAAGGGCGCGGCAGGUGCAGCGGGGGCUUUGGCUGGGAAUUCCGUGUCACCGCUUAGCGCUGGGGCUGGAGGGCUGCUGGGCCCGGGAAUCCCCGUCGAGGUCGAAGUCGAGUAUGACAGUCGCUACGGCUUCCUGCUCUUCGUCAUGUUCAACUUCCACAUCCGAGAGAAGGUCGUCCCGUUCGCUCAGAAGCUGCGGCUCGGCUUAACGCAGCUGAAAGAGCGAAUUCGCCUUGGGGGAAGGACAGCGCCGAAGCCCAAGCGAGUGCCAGAUGAGAGCGCGUGCCCUCGAAACGAGACGCUCGUAAUGGAGCAGGAGCUCAUGGCCUGGUUUGCGAUGGAGAUGAAGCAGCACGGAGUAAUUAAGAGCGUUGAGGCUUUCCUAAGCUCCCUGUAA